AUGUCGUCUUCACAAGCGCCCAAAAAGCUAGUCCCGACUCUAACCCUGUCGGGGGCGCGCGCAGCCUUAGCCGCCGCCGAGAAGCGCGCCGCCGAAAUCGAGGUGCCCAUGAACAUCGCCGUUGUGGAUUCUGCGUGUCAUUUGCUGGCGUUUGCGAGGAUGGAGGGGGCGAAGAUAACUUCUGCCCUCGACAAAGCCUUCACAGCAGCAGGCCACCGCCUCCCCACAUCGGCGUACAAAGACGUCGUCUGGCCCGGCGGUCCCGCCUACGGUAUCAACCACAGCAACGGAGGCCGCUUCAUGACUAUCGGCGGCGGCGUGCCCAUCAUCGACCCCGAGUCUGGGAGCGUGUUGGGUGCUGUGGGGUGUAGUACGGGAUUGCCGAGUCAGGAUGAGGAUGUUGCGCUUGCUGGGGUUGAGGGGGUCAAGAGGUCGCUGGCGGGCGGGUUGAAGGCCAAGUUGUAGAGAGGAGGUGGUGGUGAAGCUGAGGGAGACGAGAUGCGUUUCUUGAUGUGGGGAUUACGAUAGGGGAGAGGUGCAGGAUUGAGGGUGUGCUGUUUCUGGGAUCGUUUGAGAGUAGAUGGACGCAGACAUUGCUCUUUCAAAGCACUCGCCUCCCCGUUGAAAUUGCGCGACUCAUUUGUGUCUCGUCUCAGAAGCGGAGUAGAGGUCGGGCUUGUUGCAGCCCCAUUAUCAAGAAUAAACAGUGUGCAUGUAGACUUUUGACUGAAUAGAGUCGAUGUUGUCCUGUUCCGGGCUCGAGAUAGAAAAGAUGGAAGAGCAGAAAGUUUUUUUGAGCCUCGUAAUGUCUUAAACCUAAUUUCUGGCACACACACAAGAGUAAUUGAGAUUGAUAUACACGAUGCACCAUGAGUCCAAAUGUCCGUAUCGGGUAUGCACCUCGUCAAACUCACGUGCCAAAGUACCAU